AUGCAAGCCUGUCAAUAUUAUGAUAAAGAAGAUGGUAAUUACUUGGAUGAGAAAAGUUUGGUUUAUAUUCCAGACCAAUUAACAUUAGAUGAAAUCGAAGACUCGCUAUUCGACAUCAAGGUAGCUCAAGGUCAAGCAUAUUUAGCUUCAUUAAUAAAUAAUACUGCAAUUCCAACAUGCGUUGAGGCAUUUACAAGAUUGCCUUGUAAAUCACUCUGUGAUAAUGUUAUAAAUUUAUGCGGUGUUAUACCGCCAUCUAAUUACAAUCAGGACAACCCUUUACAUCAUAUCCUAUCAUCACCUUUAUACCCGAAAGAUUGUUCUGGAAUCAUAAGCAACGAACCACCUUUGAAUGUUGUUUAUCCAACAGGUACAACUUCCUCCGCAUCAUCAUCAUCAUGUAACAAUCAAGCACCACUACUUGGCAAUAAUCAAUUAAUAUUAAAACCGAGAUGUUUUCCACCGUCAAUAAUCGAUGAAUAUUAUCUUGCAACCAAUAUCCCAACACAUGAAAAAUUCUGUGUAGGUGGAUGUUGUGUUAAAUGUCCUCAAACAUAUUCGGUAUAUCCGGAUGGCUGGCUAGAAAAAGGAUUCAUGGUGACGCAAAGUUUCCGAGUAGUAUCAGCUGUAUUGGCACUUAUUAUGUCGAUUUCGUAUAUUUUAUUACCUGGAAAAAGAACACAUCCUGGUUUAUUGAUUUUGUUCACUUCAAUUGCAAUAUUUAUAUUUUCUUCUUUGGUAUUUUUUUCAAUUGGUGAUCCUAAAAAGAUUCAAUGUGUAAAUGAUAUCGAUCCAAGUACUCAAAGCAAUAAUAUUUUAUGUGCCAUUCAAGGUGCAUUAAUAAUAUUUGCAUCGUUUGCAACAACAAUGUGGGUCGGAAUAAUUAUAGUAAAUCUUCAUAUUCACACCGUAUGGAGUUCAAAUUGUGUUGGGAAAAGAUAUAUUAUUUUACAUUUACUUGGCUGGGGCAUUCCGGCAUUUUUCACCGUGAUAGCAUUGGCAACCUCGUCCGUCAAUUAUGAAUUUGCAACUCUUUGUUUCAUUAAAGAGGAAAAUGCUAGUAGAGCAUUUUUUUAUCCAUUGGCUGUCAUAGUUAUCCCGAUAUUUUUUAUACAUAUGGCCACAUUCUUCCAUAUUGCAAGGAUGUCUCAACGACCAACUAUUUCAAGAUCUGAAGACAAUAGUAAUAAUGAUAAUAGUGGCGGAAACGAUACUAACAGUAACAAAAAAAAUUCCAUCCAUCUUAAAAGAAGUAAUAUUGUACUUACGAGAGCAGAUCGUCGAGAUGUUUUACAAGCGGUUAAAAUACAAUGGCGUGCAUUACUGCUAUCGAUAAUACUUGUUUUGACCGUAAUAUUCUAUUGGAUAUUUUAUUUUAUAGAGUUAAAUCGUAUAGCAUCAGGGCCUGAUAACAGUGAUUUCAAGGAUAAGUGGAUACAAUGUAUUCAAUCAGGUAAUGGACAGGACAACUGUUAUUAUGAAGUAUCAUUGGAUAGAAUGCCACCAUAUGGUUUAUUGAUGUUGGUAGAGCUUUUGCCUAGUUUAAUCGGUAUUUGGUUAUUUGUUAUAUUUGCAAAUGGACCUUUAUGGAUUGAGUGGAAAAUUUAUUUAAAAGAGAAACUUGGAAAUAAACGGAAAACUGAAGUCCCUGGCCUAUUCUUUGACAUCUAA